ACGGCAUCAUUCCCACGCCUGCAAGUCAGGCUCUUAACUGACCCUUUCUCCCUCUCUCUAUCUCUCCAUCACGAUCGAUACCUCUCUUCCUUGGACGUAGCUCUCAAAACUCAUCCUCUCUUCGCCAAUUAUCAAUCAUGUCUCAUAACGACUCUCCACAAACUCCUCCUCUGCGUUCAUCGCCCUAUCCCAACGCCAGAUCAAAGCUUCCUCAACUCUACGUUGUCGAUACCACCAUGAAGCCGCAAGAAGACGACGGCAACGACCAGCCGUGCUCACCCCUGUCACCGGUGUCAGCGUCGCCCUGGGAAGAUGCCUCGGCUGCAUCAACCGAAGCAAGCAUACCGUCAACGCCCACAACGCAAGUCAGCGUCAACGAUGCUCUGCAUACGGCCUCUUUCCCUCUGCUACUCCCAGAUUUCCCCAGCAAAACCCAGCAGCCUUCAUCUCAGUCGCCCCCUUCAGAAACCACAGAUGUGACAGAAACCACAGAUGUGAAGGUGCCCCCUGAAUCAAUGGGGGGCCCAAUCAAGCACAUCCCGCCGAAAUGGGCCCUCAAAGGCGACAUUUACACCUUUUCCUUCUGGACUCCUCCUUCGGCUGCUAGCUCUCUGCCCGAACACGCCUACUCACCGCUUGAGGGAAAGACGUCGUUUGCCGACGAGACGAUGAGCAGGCCACUUGGUGGCCUGAGCAUGAUCCAGAUCUUGAGCUACACGGACUCACCCGUGGGGCCAUACGACGAGAUGCUAGUGGCACCGGGCAGCUUUGAGUGGGAGAGGACGGAGCCUGGAGGCGAGAAGAAGAGGGGCUGCAACCCCAAGAUUACGAGGAUCUAUGUAUCAACGCCAAACAGUUGCUUCAAUGGAAGGACGAACUGGAACACUCCCAAGCACCUCGCCAAAUUCGUCUGGGACCACCACCCCGACGGCUCCACCACCAUCCAAAUCUUCCCCCACGACGACCCCUCCAACCUCGACGAGUCCCAGCCCUCGCCCCGGCCCUUCUUCGCCACCACCUUCAAGCCAAUGUCCCUCCUCCCGCGCUUCCCCUUCGCCACCAGCUGGGUCGACCACCUCGGCUUCAACACCACCCUCGUCAUGCCGCCCCUGCCCGCGGGCAACGGCUCCUACGGCGAGCUCCCCGCCACUUCCCGCUGGAUCAGCCUCGUCACCAAGCAGUACUGCGCCAGCAGCUCCGUCGGCUGGUAUGACGUGGAACAGCCCGAUGGCGGGGAGGCUUGUGGUGGGCAUAAGAACUUUUUGCCUUGGUUGGGGAGGUGGCAGGUUGGGUUGAAGAUGAAGGACGCUGAUUUGACGUUUGAGAUUCCGGAGGAGACGUGGGAAAGGGGCGAUGUGAUUGGCGAGGCUACGACACCAAGGGCGAUGGACGAGAAUACCUUGACGCCGCAGCAAGUAAAUAUAGAGGCAGCGGCAUCAACUCCGAGGCAAUGGGGUUCCGGCAACUUCUUAAACGACUAUUUCAACUAGAAAACAAAAACCAAAGCAAAAAAACCUCUUACUACUGUCACUCAGGGGGGGAACAAAAAAAGAUUCGGUUGGUUUAAGGGGUAGGGGGGAAACAGUCUUUUCCACGAUCAAAAUAUACACGACGGCGCAUUAACAGGGAAAUCCAAAGAAACGGCAACACGGCAAACCGGGGCUACUCAUUUUCUUUUCUAAUAUAUCGAUCGGGGCUUUUGAAUCACCAAGAAUCCAUGGACCUAACAUAUACACACAUUCACAUACAUACAACACGACAUACAACAAUCCUCUCUUUUACCAGUUAUCAUUUUCACACAACAAACCCACACUCCCUAAUCAAUCUUUUUUCCUAAUCGAGCAAAAGAGGCGUUUUCGAUAUAAGAAAGAGUGGUGUUCUGAUAUUCGCGGCAACGAA